CCUGUCCCACCCGCCAAAGCCCGCGGCAUCUGCACCCGCUGCAGCGCCCUGCGCCCCUGUCCUGAGACACAGCCGUCAUCAGUAGCCUGCCUGUCGCUCUCGGGAACCCGGACCCUGCCCAGGGCGCGAGGCCGAGCAGGCAUGGCCAGUCCAGGGUCCGCCUCCCGAGCGCUGGCCUUGGCACUUGUGGCGGUGGCCUUGGCUGGGGUCAGAGCACAGGGUGCAGCCUUUGAGGAGCCUGACUACUAUGACCAGGAGCUCUGGAGACGGGGGCGCUUCUAUGAGCAUCCGGAGCGGGAGCCCGAGCUCUUCUCGCCUCCACUGCAUGAGGGCCUCGGGGUGGAGAAGCAGGAGCAGCAGGAGCAGCACCAGCAGGAGCCCAGGCCGCCCAAGAAGGCCGCCAAGCCCAAAAAGGCUCCCAAAAGGGAGAAGGUAGUUGCAGAAACGCCUCCACCAGGUAAAAAUAGCAACAGAAAAGGCCGAAGAAGCAAGAGUCUUGAAAAAGCUGCCCGAGAUGACCAUGGUGUCCCCGUGGUCCAGGAGGAUGUCAGAGAAAGUUGUCCACCUCUUGGUCUGGAAACAUUAAAAAUCACAGACUUCCAGCUGCAUGCCUCCACAGCAAAGCGCUAUGGCCUGGGAGCGCAUCGUGGGAGACUCAACAUCCAGGCAGGCAUUAAUGAAAACGACUUUUAUGAUGGGGCUUGGUGUGCUGGCAGGAACGAUCUCCAGCAGUGGAUUGAAGUGGAUGCCCGUCGCCUGACCAGGUUCACAGGGGUCAUCACCCAAGGAAGGAACUCUCUCUGGCUGAGUGACUGGGUGACAUCCUACAAAGUCAUGGUGAGCAAUGACAGCCAUACAUGGGUUACUGUGAAGAAUGGAUCUGGUGACAUGAUAUUUGAAGGAAACAGUGAGAAGGAGAUCCCUGUACUAAAUGAGUUGCCAGUCCCCAUGGUUGCCCGCUACAUUCGCAUAAAUCCACAGUCCUGGUUUGAUAAUGGGAGCAUCUGCAUGAGGAUGGAGAUCUUGGGCUGCCCAUUGCCAGAUCCUAAUAGCUAUUAUCACCGACGCAAUGAGAUGACCACCACCGAUGACCUGGAUUUUAAGCACCACAACUAUAAGGAAAUGCGCCAGUUGAUGAAGGUUGUGAAUGAAAUGUGCCCCAAUAUCACCAGGAUUUACAACAUUGGCAAAAGCCACCAGGGCCUGAAGUUGUAUGCUGUAGAGAUCUCUGACCAUCCCGGGGAGCAUGAAGUUGGUGAGCCAGAGUUCCACUACAUCGCAGGGGCCCAUGGCAACGAGGUACUAGGCCGUGAGCUGCUGCUGCUGCUGCUGCAGUUCCUCUGCCAGGAGUACUUGGCGCAGAACACACGCAUUGUCCGCUUGGUGGAAGAGACGCGGAUCCACAUUCUACCCUCCCUCAAUCCUGAUGGCUAUGAGAAGGCCUAUGAAGGAGGCUCUGAGCUGGGAGGCUGGUCCUUGGGACGCUGGACCCAUGAUGGGAUCGAUAUCAACAACAACUUUCCGGAUUUAAACACACUGCUCUGGGAGGCAGAGGACCGUCAGAAUGCCCCAAGGAAAGUUCCCAACCACUUCAUUGCCAUCCCUGAGUGGUAUCUGUCUGAAAAUGCCACAGUGGCCAUGGAGACCAGAGCUGUGAUUGCCUGGAUGGAGAAGAUCCCCUUUGUGCUGGGAGGCAACCUACAGGGGGGUGAGCUAGUGGUGGCAUACCCCUAUGACAUGGUGCGGUCCCUGUGGAAGACGCAGGAACACACCCCAACCCCCGAUGAUCACGUGUUCCGCUGGCUGGCGUACUCCUAUGCCUCCACUCACCGCCUCAUGACAGAUGCCAGGAGGCGAGUGUGCCACACAGAAGACUUUCAGAAGGAGGAUGGCACUGUCAAUGGGGCCUCCUGGCACACAGUGGCUGGAAGUCUGAAUGAUUUCAGCUACCUCCACACAAACUGCUUUGAGCUGUCCAUCUAUGUGGGCUGUGAUAAAUACCCCCAUGAGAGUGAGCUUCCCGAGGAAUGGGAGAAUAACCGGGAGUCUUUGAUUGUGUUCAUGGAGCAGGUUCAUCGGGGCAUCAAAGGCAUAGUGAGAGAUUUACAUGGAAAAGGGAUCCCAAAUGCCAUCAUCUCUGUGGAAGGUGUUAACCAUGACAUCCGGACAGCCAACGAUGGGGAUUACUGGCGCCUACUGAACCCGGGAGAAUAUGUGGUCACCGCAAAGGCUGAGGGCUUUGUCACUUCAUCCAAGAAUUGCAUGGUUGGCUAUGACAUGGGAGCCACUCGGUGUGACUUCACACUCAGCAAGACAAACCUGGCUAGGAUAAGAGAAAUCAUGGAGACAUUUGGGAAGCAGCCUGUCAGCCUUCCCGCCAAGCGCCUGAAACUGCGGGGACGAAAAAGGCGGCAGCGUGGGUGACCCUCUUGGACACUUGAGACUUACCCCAGACUGUGCAAAUGAAAUCUACUCCAGUAGUAACUCUGUAGCAGGCUCUCACUGUUGUUUUGUCUGUAAUUCAAGAGAUACCCAGGAGCAUGCCUGCAUGGCUUGGCUAGUCCCAAAGGGGAGGGCUGGCAGCUUAGGGUGUUUUCUUUCCUUUGUUCUCAUUUAUCCAAAUACCAUGGACAGAGCAGCAGAGAAAGGCUGGUGGGAGUGAGGGAAUUGAGCGAGCCAACCUGAAAAAGGUGCACGCCCCCUGUCUGUCUGGGAAGGGAAACGGGGGCUUCCUCCUGUUCGCGUGACAUCCAAGUUCACCAGUGCAUUUACAAAUGGCACAGUUGACAUUGCAGCACCCAGGGAACCCUUUGUCCCAGAUGUUAUCAUUUCAGAUGCUCUUAGGCAGCCUAAGAAAUAUCCAUCCCCUCUGGCCCCAGGGGCAGUCCGAGCUGCUAUAGACACACUCUACUUUCUGUGGACAAUAGAGACAUUUAUUACCAAGUGAGCAUGACCGAGUCCUGAGUCAGCUCUGUUCUCUUUUCCAACAAAGCUUGACUUCCUAGAGGCGACAGAAGUGGAAGGCAUCCAAGAGUGAUUUCUGGGCUUCAGACCUUGAGGGGCUUGUUGCAUGCAAGCUGGGUCCUCAGAGAGCUCCUAAACCCUCUUCUACUGUUUGCCCUGGGGUGGGGAGAGCCAAGGGACUAGGCUUGCUAAAGGAGCCAGGGCAGUCAGCCUGGGCAUCAUGGGAAUGACCUUGAAGGAGGUCAACCCAGAGUUUCUCUGUCUCCCUGAUAUGAGAGCUCUAAGCUGGUCCCAUCUGGAGGGGAGUUAUGAUGAGCAUAUGGAAAGGAACAUCUUUCCAGUCAAGCAUCGUCUGGUGAAAAAAGAAAACAAUCUUAGGAUUAUCUGGAACACAUCAAUUUGGAAGAGGUUUUUGAAUGAUUGUGUGAGAGAACAGUGUGUCUCAUCUCUGUUCAUCCUGCUGCCUUGUUGACCUGGGGAGAAUGAAAAAUAAAAAAUAAAGCAAAUGGUAA